AUGCUCCGCCUGGGCCCCGCGCUCCUGGCCCGCCUGGCCCGCGCCCGGCCCCGCACCCCGCUGCGGCGGUGCGGGGCGGCGGCGGCAGGCGGUGGCGAGGAGCAGGAGCGCUUCGUCUUCCUCGAGUACGAGCCGGACCCGGCUGAGAGGGCGGCGGCGGCGGCGGCGACGCUACGCCGGGAGUGGGAGCUGAAGCCGGAGCGGGAGCUGAAGCCGAAGCCGCGACGGGAGCGGCGGGCGCGGGGCGCAGCGGUGGCGGUGCCGAGCACGUCCGACCCGUCGGUGCCGCCGAGCGGCCUGAGCUGCUCGGGCUGCGGGGCCGAGCUGCAGUGCGGGGACGGCGGCGCGCCGGGCUUCGUGCCGGCCGAGAAGUACCGCAGCCUCCUGCAGUGCGAGGGCCCCGCGGGGCUGCGCGGUACCGUGUGCCAGCGGUGCUGGGCGCUGGCGCACUACGGGAGCGCCCUGCGGCUGCGGCUGCCGCCCGACGAGCACCGCCGCGUGGUGAGCGCGGCCCUGCGCCGCCCGCCGCCCCACGGCCGCGGGCCGCUGCUGCUCUACGUGCUCGACGUGAUGGAGCUGCCCGACCCGGUGCUGCCGCAGCUGCCGGCGUUGCUGGGCCCCGACGUGCCCGCCUCGGGCGUGCUGGUGGUGGGCAACAAGGUGGACCUGCUGCCCGCAGACUGCCCCGGGCACCUGGGGCGGCUGCGGCAGCGGGUGGCGGCGGCCUGCGCCCGGGCCGGGCUGCGGGGAGCCGCGCUGGUGGACAUCCGCCUGGUGAGCGCCAAGACCGGCUACGGCGUGGAGGGGCUGAUCAGCCGGCUGCAGCGCUCCUGGAAGUGCGCCGGAGAUGUCUACCUGCUGGGCGCCACCAACUCCGGCAAGUCCACGCUCUUCAACACCCUGCUGCGCUCCGACUACUGCAAGUCCCGCGCCUCCGACAUCAUCGACAGGGCCACCGUGUCCCCGUGGCCAGGAACAACACUGAACCUAUUAAAAUUUCCAAUUAUUAACCCUACGUGUGACAGGAUAUUCCGAAGGCAGGAGAGGCUAAAAGAAGAGGCAACAAAAACAGAAGAUCAGCUAAGCCCUGAAGAAAAAAAGUACCUUAAUCAACUUAAAAAGCAAGGUUACCUAGUGGGAAGAGUUGGAAGAACAUUUCAACAGCAGAAGUCUAGUGCUGAGAUUGACUUUGACCCUGACCUGCUCUCCUACAGCAUGGAUGAAGAUCCUAAAGAUCCCCCUAAGAAGCACGAGGAAAGGGAGGAGUUCACUCACAAUGAAGUGAAGGAUGCUCGGUGGUGUUUUGACACGCCAGGAAUUGUAAAAGAAGACUGUAUUUUGAAUCUCCUAACUGAGAAGGAAGUAAAGCUGGUUUUGCCAUCACAUGCAAUUGUUCCACGGACGUUCAUUCUCAAGCCAGGAAUGGUCUUGUUUUUAGCAGCCUUGGGACGUAUAGACUACUUAGAGGGAGAAAAGCCUGCCUGGUUUUCUGUCUUGGCUUCUAACCUCUUGCCAGUCCAUGUUACUACACUGAGUAAUGCAGACACUAUGUAUGAGAAGCAUGCAGGCCAACAGUUCCUAAAGGUUCCCAUGGGUGGGGAAGACAGAAUGAAAGAGUUCCCUCCACUUGUCCCUCAGGACAUUAGACUGAAAGGAAUUGGUACCACUGAGGCAGUUGCAGAUAUCAAGCUUUCCUCUGCAGGCUGGGUGGCAGUGACAGCUCACGCAGAAGAGGAAUUGCAGCUCCGAGCCUACACUCCCAAGGGCACUGCCUUGGUGGUGCGGGAGCCUCCCCUUUUGCCUUACAUCAGUGCCAUCAGAGGGCCCAGGAUUCCAGGCACUCCUGCCUAUAGGACCAAAAAACCUCCUUCCUUUGUGGAAAACCUAAGGACCACGGGAAGCAGAUAGCCCUUCUCAUCAUCUGAGCAAGGCAGAAGACAGAACAGCCCGUGAAGAACCUUGUGGCUUACUGGUAUUCAGAAAAUGUUGGACUCAUUCUGAAAGGCCAGCAGGCACAUUUUGGGAAGCAGACCUGGGGGGAACCUCCACAAGUCCACAUCUGAUCCAGCUGCUGAGCUGCAGCCAUUUUGAAUGACCUGAGGGGCUGGGACCUUGCUGUGGGGGGGGGAAACAGCUUCUCCCUUGGAUCUGCAUUGAUGGACAGAUCCCUUUACCUGUCCCCUCUUGAAAUACAGGGUGGAAACUCAAUGGUCCGACUUUGCUGCUCAUAGAGUAGGCAUGCUCCCUCAUGUCAGAAAUCAUCACCUUGUUAUUAAGGUGUUUCCAUAAUUAAGGGGUUGGAGAGAGUUGGAAGGAGCCAGGAAUGCUCCAGUGUGUGUAUGGCCCUCCUAGUGGCUGAUACUGAUUCAACAACAUCGGCCAAAAAUUGUGUCCUUUCUCUCCUUCAGCAUCUGGAGCAGAUUACGGUGUGUAGUAUCCUGCUUUUAGACACAGGAAAAGUGAUUUAAUGGAAAGCAGGUCUGCUCCUGUUCCUGAAGAGGAAAGUUUUGCAAUUCACUGCUUUGAUUUAGUUUCUGUAGCUUGGGUACAAGUUUUUGAAACCAAGGGUAUGGAAUAAAACUUUUCAAAGACA